UGCAUCCUUGCGCUCUUGUGUUCAAUGAAGUGAAGCACAGAGAGGAUGAGGAAAGAUUUUGGCCUUCAAUAACUGCACAAAAAGACACAGCACUUGCUCACAAUUAAGAUCCAACGAUCAAAAUGAAGACCAUCAUGUGGUUUGGGUUUGUGCUGGGUGCACUCUCUGCUACAGGCACGGUGAUCGUCACAAAAUCAGGGCAGAAAGCCACGAUCACGUGUGGGGUCAACAGCUUCUCUAACAAGCUGCUGUGGUAUCAUCGUGGUAACUUCAUUGUUGAAAAAAAUUUGAAAACCUUCCCUCGCAAAGGCACAGUUGACAUUACAAAAAGGUUCAAUUGGAAGAAGGAAACGGAUCUGGAGAUCUCGGGAGUGAAGGAAGAAGAUGCUGGACAGUUUACUUGUGAGGUAGAUGGGACAUCUCACGAACACACACUUCUUGUGGUCUCAGUCUGGGCCAGCCCCUCCGGUGAUCUCCUGCUGGGCAGUGAGGCUACACUCCAGUGUCAGGUAAAAGGUCUGGACCAAGGCUCCACAGUGCAGUGGAAGAGGCCAGAUGGAAGUGCAUAUGGAGAGUCACACACAGCUCAACUCAGACCUGUGGACCGCUCAUAUGCAGGGACCUGGAAAUGUAUGUUCUCCUUUGGCGGCAAGGAGUACAAUGAGAGCUUGCACAUCAGUGUUAAAGAGCCUGCUCCUACAACAUCUGAACCAGUCACUUCGAAAGGCUCAAAGGACAUCUGGGCCAGCCCCUCCGGUGAUCUCCUGCUGGGCAGUGAGGCUACACUCCAGUGUCAGGUAAAAGGUCUGGACCAAGGCUCCACAGUGCAGUGGAAGAGGCCAGAUGGAAGUGCAUAUGGAGAGUCACACACAGCUCAACUCAGACCUGUGGACCGCUCAUAUGCAGGGACCUGGAAAUGUAUGUUCUCCUUUGGCGGCAAGGAGUACAAUGAGAGCUUGCACAUCAGUGUUAAAGAGCCUGCUCCUACAACAUCUGAACCAGUCACUUCGAAAGGCUCAAAGGACAUCCGUACCACUCCCAGUGCUGCUCAGCUGCUGGGGCUCAGCUGGUGGUUUUGGGUUGCCAUUGGAGUUGGCUCCCUGGUUGUGAUUCUCCUAAUGGUCUGUGUCAUUGUCUUGUGCAAGAGGAUCAGAAGGAGGAAGAGAAAAUUGCAGAAGAUGAAGUAUGACCGCCAGCUACUGAAGUCCAAGCAGUACUGCAAGUGUAACCGCUCAACAGCUGCAGAAAAACCGCAGCAAAGACGCCGGAAAGAGAAGCCAUCAGCCCUCCCUUUGCAACCCCAGCUAAUGGAGUGACAUGAAAGACAGAUCGAAGAAAGGAGAGAUAGACCAAAA